AUGUCGAUGGUCGCAUUUCCGCCCGCCAAUUUUGAAAAACACAUGGUGUGCCUUCUAUUCGGUAAGAAAUCGUCGACGCCCCGGUCCGAUCCCGAUAAACAACGAGAGUUAGCGAGGGCUCAGCUGCUGGCCAGUAUCCCUUCCACUGCUGCGUUAGUGUGCGGAUCCUCUCUGCCCGCCGCUGUCAACGCCGCCUUCGAUAUCAUACAGAAGCCACAUCUCAACAAACACUUAGUAUACAACUUAUUAGACUUAUGCCUCGCAGAGCUGUUUCCAGAGUUGAAGGAGUCGUGUAAUCCAUUGAAUGAGCCAAAUAGUUGAGAGUACCUCUAAAUCGUGUAUACAAACAUUUACUAGGAUAGCUGCAAGGGCCUUACCGUCAGCUUUAGAACAGGAUGCAAACGCGCAUGAGACACUCAUAUAGUAGUUCCAUCUCGCUUCGAAAGUUGCACAGUAAUAAAGAAUUUGGUAAGGUAAAGUUGCAUUGUAAUAAAAAAUAUGACAAUAAUUUUAAGUCCUUGCAAAUCAGCUGCAUGUGUCAGAUGAUUAAACAACAACAUAUAUAUGCGGAACCGUUAUUUUGGCAAUAUUGAAAGCUAUAGUGAUCUCACGUUUCUAAUCGAUUUCGUGUAUGAAAGAAACAUUACUUUUUAAACCUUUGGCAAUAUUUAAAGCAAUAGUAGUUUAUGAGUAAUUUCGUGCAUAAAAGAGGCAGUGUAUUUUCAUAAUACGUAUGCAUUAACUCGACGCAAUUCUUUACACAAAUAUUGCACAGUUAUGUAUGUCAUAUUUUGUAGGUUAAAUAUUUAUAAAUUCCGUGUGUUCACGACUGUUCUUUGUAUUCUAAAGCAAAUUGUCAUUUAUUGUUAGUCUUUGUAAAUAUCCUAUUUAUGAUAAAUAUAUUUUUAUAAUAUUAAUUUUAAAUUGAUAUUCUCGAAUUACACAGGUGAAGGAUAUUGAGAAACCAUAAUGAUUUACUAGUACGUAAAAAAUAUUUAUAUAUCUUUACUUGUUUCCAGUAUAGACCUAAAACACUGAAUAAAUAUAUUUUUACUAAGAUUUUGUUUUAUUCGAUGGCCUGUUGACAUUUUAC